GCGUAGGUUCCUCUAUGUGUGUAAUUGUUUAUCGCAGUAACCGGCGGAUAGUAACGAGCGAGAUUCGCACGGAGUCGAUUUGACAGCGACGGGCCGGCGCCCUUUCCGCUUUCAUCUCUCACGAUGACGGAACAGGAGCAGAAUGCGAUGAUCGCGCGGGUGGCGUCGGCGUUCUUUUACGGGCUGUCGUCGUUCAUGAUUACGGUCGUCAACAAGACAAUCCUCACGUCGUACGGCUUCCCGUCCUUCCAAGUGCUCGGGAUUGGCCAGAUGCUCGCGACGAUCCUGGUCCUAUUUGUCGCCAGGAGGCUGCGCUACGUCGAGUACCCCAAUCUCGAGACGACGACCUUUACCAAGAUAUGGCCGCUACCGCUGAUCUACAUCGGCAACAUGAUCUUUGGGCUGGGUGGCACCAAGCAGCUGAGCCUGCCUAUGUUCACCGCCCUGCGGCGAUUCAGCAUCCUCAUGACGAUGAUCGCAGAGUACUACAUCCUCGGCGUCAAGGCGCGCAUGUCCAUACAGCUGAGCGUUUACACUAUGAUUUUGGGUGCGGUGGUGGCCGCGCUCAACGAUCUCGCUUUCAAUCUCGAAGGCUAUGUCUUUAUCCUGCUGAAUGACCUCUUCACCGCCGCCAAUGGCGUGUACAUGAAGAAGAAGCUGGACUCGAAGGAACUGGGAAAGUACGGGCUGAUGUACUACAACUCUUUGUUUAUGCUCGGCCCGACGGUUCUGUUGGCCUGGUGGAUGGGUGAGCUCGUUCUGACCCUCGACUUUCCUGGCUGGACGAAUCCGCUGUUUAUCCUGCAGUUUUCACUCUCGUGUGUGAUGGGUUUUGUACUGUCGUACAGUACUCUCCUCUGCACGCUAUACAAUUCCGCGCUCACCACCACCAUAAUUGGAUGCCUGAAAAACAUAUGCGUCACGUAUCUCGGCAUGGUGAUCGGUGGUGACUACAUAUUCUCGUGGUUGAACUUUGUAGGAUUGAACCUAAGCGUGAUAGGUAGUUUAGUGUACACUUGGGUAACGUUCCGUAAGAGAGAGAGUCCGCAGCCAAAGUACACCCUUUUAACUGAAUCUCAGGCCAGUAGAAAUAGAAUACAAGCCAUAUGAUUGUAAAUUUUAUUGUACUGUAGGAAUCUGAACAUGUGAUAAUGGCGAUGGUGUAUAAUACAUCUUUGUAUAAUACAACACAAGGCAUUUGUACAAAAAGAUUUAUAUAAUUUAACUUUAGGAUGAGUAUGUAACAGCUAGUGAUAUUUAAGUGUUAGAUAAAUCGUUGUUAAGCACGUAUGUUCCUUCGUUCCGAACGACGAAUAGGGUGAUGCGUACAAAUAGCUGUUACGAAUAUUUCUGUUCCUCUCGUGUCACAAAGUGCUUUUUACGUUUUCCGAGGUAGGGAUGUGAGUAUUGACAACUCGACUGUAAUAUGUAACCAAAGCAAAAAAAAAGAUUCGCGUUACCAGAUAAGUGUUAAGCUAAUUAGACAAGCGGAUUAAUUCGGAUUAAUUAAAAUGUAAACAUUGCCAUGAAAAGCUAGAUGUAACUUAUACGCCAGUCUGUACAUAUCUUAACGGCGCUAACUUUAAAUUGGAAAUAAAUUUUAUUUAUUAACAAACAA